AUGAAGCUUUCCCACGCGACAGCGACAGCAGUUGCGCUGAUAUGCGUUGCACACAGUUUUGUCCGCGCUGAGCCUCCACCGAGCAACGGCUAUGUGCCUCCACCCUCGAAUGGUUACAGUCCACCAGCUAGCUCUUAUUUACCACCAGCUUCCGGACCAGCGACGCCACAAAAUGGUUAUGCACCAAGCGCUCCUGCAGAUGGUCCAUACGCGAGUCCGCAGGGUCCGCCAAGUACAGGUUACGGCGCGCCUCCAGCAUCCAGCUAUGGCGCUCCACCUAGUAAGCCAAGUUCCAGUUAUGGACCUCCGAAGAAACCCCGACGUCCUGCUAAGGUGCCGGCUUCAACUUACUCGGUGCCACAAGCACCCGUAGCAUUCUAUGGUCCUCCAAAGCCCAGCUACGGUCCUCCUAAUUCACCACCAGCUUCCAGCUAUGGCGCUCCUCCAUCACCACCAGCGUCUAGCUAUGGCGCUCCUCCGUCACCACCGGCGUCUAGCUAUGGCGCUCCUCCUUCAUCUGACUAUGGCGCUCCUCCUUCACCGCCUGCAUCCAGCUACGGCGCCCCACCAUCGCCACCUAAAGCCAGCUAUGGCGCUCCUCCAGCACCUAGCUACGGCGCCCCACCAUCACCACCGAAGGCAAGCUAUGGCGCUCCCCCAGCUUCUAGUUACGGAGCACCACCAUCACCACCCAAAGCGAGUUAUGGUGCACCACCAGCACCAAGCUAUGGCCCACCUCCAUCUCCACCCAAAGCCAGCUAUGGAGCACCUCCGUCGCCAAGUUAUGGAGCGCCUCCAUCACCCAGCUAUGGAGCUCCUCCAUCACCACCCAAGGGCAGCUAUGGUGCUCCACCAUCACCACCCAAAGCCAGCUAUGGGGCGCCACCAGCACCGAACUAUGGCCCGCCACCCAAAUCCAGCUAUGGUCCACCUCCAUCACCACCCAAAGCCAGUUAUGGUGCGCCACCAGCACCGAGCUAUGGUCCGCCUCCAUCCCCACCCAAAGCAAGCUAUGGUGCGCCACCAGCACCAAGCUACGGUGCGCCUCCGUCACCACCCAAAGCCAGCUAUGGUCCUCCUCCAUCACCACCGAAAGCCAGCUAUGGGGCGCCACCAGCACCGAGCUACGGUCCACCUCCAUCACCACCCAAAGCAAGCUAUGGUGCGCCACCAGCACCAAGCUACGGCGCGCCUCCGUCUCCACCCAAAGCCAGCUAUGGUCCUCCUCCAAAAGCCAGCUAUGGUGCGCCACCAGCACAAAGUUACGGCCCACCUCCAUCAGCUCCGAAAGCCAGCUAUGGUCCUCCUCCAUCGCCACCAAAAUCCAGCUAUGGCGCUCCCCCUUCGCCCAGCUACGGCGCUCCACCAUCACCACCAUCUUCGAGCUAUGGUGCUCCUCCAUCGCCUAGCUAUGGUGCGCCGCCAUCACCUCCAGCUUCCAGCUACGGCGCCCCACCAUCCCCGCCUAAAGCCAGCUACGGUGCACCACCAGCACCGCCGUCAUCUAGUUAUGGCGCUCCACCAUCCACCAGCUAUGGUGCACCAGCGCCACCAUCCAACUCGUAUUUACCGCCAUCUACAUCUAACUCAAAGCCGUUUGCUCCUUCAAAACCAGCACCCCCCUCAACAUCGUAUGGCGUUCCAACCGGAUAUAGUGCACCAUCACCGCCUGCGUCUUCUUAUGGUGCGCCGCCUUCUGCGCCUUCAUCUUCAUACGACGCUCCGGCCCCAGCAUCUUCCUACGAUGCGCCUGCGCCGCCUGCCACCAGUUACGGUGCUCCUAGCAAUGGCGGCAACGGCGGCUAUAAUGGCAAUGGCGGCAAUGGAGGCAAUGGUGGCUACAACGGCAAUGGUAGUAAUGGAGGCAACGGCGGCUAUAACGGCAAUGGCGGUAAUGGAGGCAAUGGCGGUAAAGGUGGCAACGGCGGCUAUAACGGCAAUGGCGGUAAUGGUGACAAUGGUGGUGGAUAUCCGGCUGCUGGACCACCAUCAUCCUACAGCGCUCCGAUGUCUGUGCCAGAAACAAUUCCUCAAGGCUACUCCUCCGAUGGUGGAUACAAGUACCGAAAAUAGGCUAGUGCAUGUUAGAGCAGCCC